AGACUCAGCCUGUACGCGGUCCAAUACUUCUUGGGGUAAAAUAGAAAUUAGACAUCUCAACAGUAGCAGACUGAUCUUUCUGCCGGAACCAAACAUCUCCAAAGCCAUUUCUUUCAAAUCUAUUUUUCUACUUUAGCACCGUGCUGGACGGAUCUGCCAUAGAGGAUAUAUGUUCGGUAAAGGUGCGAAGCGGAAGCUGGACGAGGAUGAAGAGGGGCUGGAAGGCAAAACGCUGGAGGCGUCGGUGGUGGGAGGGGUACUAGGCCUCGGUCCCGAGGGUCUGUCCAAGGUGUCAUACACCCUGCAGCGGCAGACCAUCUUCAACAUCUCCCUGAUGAAGCUGUACAGCCAACGGCCACUCGGCGAGCCCAGCCUGGAGCGCCGCGUCCUCAUCAACAACAUGCUGCGACGCAUCCAGGAUGAGCUCAAGCAGGAAGGCUCACUGCGGCCGCUGCUCUUGCCGCCCUCACCGCCACCUGACGACCCUAUGGAUGAGGGGUUCCGUGAGGCGCCACCCUCCUUUGGUGUUUUGUCAACGACGGCACAGGUAUCCCAGCCUUCUGCGCUGUUGAUGCCAGUGAUCGUUCCGCCGCCUUCACCCCACCCAAUGGUGCCUCCCAACUGCCAGGCAUCCCAGGCCUGCCUCAACCGUGUGGAGGUCUGCCCCACCCCUCUGGAAACCUGCCUCACUCCAGCCUCUUUACUGGAGGAGGAUGGUGGAGAUUCAGCCUUUUGUGCUCCAUCGCCACCCACUCCUCCUCUGUCACCUCCCCUGGCGCAGCCUCCUCCGUUACCUUCGGCACUUCUGAGCCAGGCGUCCCCCAGGGUCCCUGUGCCUGCCUCGUCCAAUGACGGUUUCCCCUCCGCUCUGAGUGACAUGGAGUUGGGUCCUCCCACAGCCAUAACAAGGACAGCAGCAGCUAAUACUACGACCGUGACUACCUCCCCGGCUCCCACGCCACUCACCCAGCCCUCCCACUUAGCACCCCUCUCCCCAGCACCCACGGGCCCACCCAGAGACUGCAGGACCAUGGGUGCUAAACCAGAGGCAGCUGGCGUCUUGCCAGUGGAAGCCCGCUGUGCCGAGCUCCGGCCAAUGGAUACUCUGCCCACACUGCCCCCUGGUGGCCUAGUAGACAUUUCCUCCUCUUCUUCCUCUUCCUCACCCUCGGGGUUUCUCUCAGACUUGGCGCUGGACGAUGUCCUGUUCGCCGACAUCGACACGUCCAUGUAUGACUUUGACCCCUGUACGACAGCGGGGGCUGUGGGCGUGACAGCAGGCGGUGGCCUCACCAAACUGUCGCCGGUGGUGACGGCAGAUGACCUCCUCAAAUCGUUGGCGUCGCCGUACAGUGGCCCCGCCCCCCAGGUUUCAGCCAAUCAGCCUUUCAAAAUUGAUCUGACAGAACUGGACCACAUUAUGGAGGUGUUGGUGGGUUCGUGACUCGAAGACACCACCACCUCGAAACACACAGACAGUUGAAUACAGAGAACAGACUGGAAUGAACAUAUGGGAUCGAUAGAGGGGUUUCCUGGUUGUUGUUUUUAUGUUGUUGGGUUUUUUUUGUUUUGUUUUUUAAAAAACUCUCUUCAAAAGUCGGUAAUUGUAAACAUCGAUAGUGAUGUCAAUUAGUACUACUAUGACAACUACUACUACACAACACUGUGCAUGCACUGUGCUCGCCUUUCCAAAUAUGGAAAUGAAGUAUCCGGGAAACAAAGACACACAUAUGUUUGUAUUUCUAUACUUGUGAGGACCGCCAUUGACUCCAUUCAUUCCCUAAUCCUAAUUUAAACCUAAUCCUAGUUUUAAUCUUCAACCUGAACCUAAGCCUUAACCCUAAAAUGUAACUGUAAAUAGAAAAAAAUGAGGACCGUCAAAUUGUCCUCGUUCUGGAGGAUUUUUGCAAUCAUUCUAUCCUUGUGAGGACAUUUACUCCUCACAGGUAUAGUAAUACACGAGUGAAUACACACAGAAAUGACACACACACACAAAUCACACUGAAUUCAUGGCUUUUAGCAGACGAGUGCCUUUCAAAAUGACCACUUCUUCAAUUCCUGUUUUUACAGUAUUUGUCUUUUUAUUUUCUAGUUCUUUUCACUUUAACAGCCUAGAGAGGUCACUCCUCAAUGUUUUUUAAUUUAUUGUAUUGUUUUAAAACUAUUAUUAAGUAACGUAAUUCUCAUGAUCAAAUAAUUAUUUAAUCUUUAUCUUAUUACAGAUGCUAUGUUUUAUUUGUAAAGCUAGCAUAAAAAGGUUUUACGAGAAAUACAUUGCUUUACCAGUGUGCUACAUCAUAUAUUAGCUUGGCUAUAUAAUUACGCUUUGGGAAUAGCUCUAAAACACAUCGCCUGGUUCUUUGUUAAGCUCUUUCCGUAGAAGGAGAUGUCUGUUCUUGUACACAUCAUGUCUAUGAAUUCAGUUCAGGACUUAUUUUUCUGUCGUCCCCUUCCUUAUUGGCAGUCACGUAUAACUGUGCUGGAUGCUAUUUUACAUGAGCUCAAACUAUGGACGAGUUAUCAUGCUUCAGUCACAGCAGAAUUCAAAUGAGCUACACACACAGGAAAGCUUGAUGUGUUUACAUUGGAAGCGGCAGCUGCGCCACCACCAACUCUUUCGUCUCAGUCGGAUGUAGAUGAUCUGAAGAGUCCAACCUUAGCAGAGACUUGAGGCUUUAAAUACAUAGUAAAUUUGUUUGUAUUGGACACAAGAGAAAACAGCUAUCACAGAUUGCAGGGGAAGGCAUUGUGGUACGAACGUGACUCCAUAGAUUUUCUCAGAAUCACACAAAGGAAAUUGAAUAUUUUAGUAGAAAUGCCUUAUUUAGGUUUGGCUCCUACAGAAUUAGCAACAUGAGUGACAGACAAAUUACAGCACAGCACACAGUAUUACACACACACACACACACACACACACACACACACACACCAUAUUUGCAGAGUAUGUUUACUUGUGUGUAGAAUAGAGGCCCUAUAUGCCAAAUCUCAGGGUUCUACUCACUUCUGUGCAUUGUGCUGUACAGUUUUGAUGUUGACCCCAAAGCUCAUGAAAGUUUAAACACAUGCGAUGGAUAGAAGGAGGGCUGAAUCUGGCUCAUGAAUCAUUUGUAUGUGGAUUUCCACUGAAGUAGGAAACCCAAACCACGAUGAUAACCUGAAACUGCAACAAUGCAAAAGUGCUAUUUCAAAACACUACCACCCCCCGCACAGGCCAUUAUGCAUGACUUUUGGCACAAACAGACAAAAUGUGAUGGCUCAGUACAGCAUCUAAGAUGUGGGUCACUUGAGGAUUCCUAAGGUCUACAUGUUUUUUCCCCCAGCAGACCACACACACAGUUUUAAAUAGAAUGGAAGUACUCAGUUAAUCAGUCAAAUGUUGUGACCACAGUUAAAAAUAUUCCUCUUUACCCAAAUUUCCCCAUUAUGUUUUGUAAAGUUUCAUGUUAUGUUUGAUAAUCUAAUAGUUGAAAUUCAACUCCCAGUUGUCCCCACUUCACAGAUUUGGUUUAUAACUAUGGUGUUUAUAACUAUGAGGAAUACAAAUUUUAUGUAUGAGCAAUCUUAAGUAGAGGGUGAAAGCAGCUGUGUCACACUCACCUAUAUCUACCUUCUCAGCCACACAACAAGCUUUUACAAGGAUUAUUUUAUUGUGUACAGCAGUGUCAGAUAUUUAGCCAUAAUUUGCACGCAGCCCAUUCUGAAUUAGACCAACAUGUUGGCAACAGGAUAGUUGUAAUUCGAUAGGUAGAUAGGGCCAGUAGUAGACACAGGCAUAAGCAAACCACAGACCUUUUAUGUAGAAGUCAAACUAGAACCACAGGAUAGCAUAGUUUUCAAGGUGCAGAUACAUGGUGUGUAUUUAAGAGUUGAUACAACAAAACAAAAAGUUGUAAAAUGCCUUUUUUGCUGCAAUAUUCAGAAAGACAUAAGCAGUGAGUCAGCCAGAGUCAGACUCACUCACCUUGCCUCUUGACAAUGCAAUGAGAUUUUAACUAAUAGGCUCAAUCAUUAAAGGAAAAAUCCACCCUGGGAUACUUUUACACAUCGCCCGUCGUUAAUGUUUGGAGCAUUUCAGGACUCACUGUGUGAAGUGUCAUAAUUGUCUUGAGGCUACUUUUAGUGAAAUUGGAUUCUGCCUCCCUUACUCUGUGUAAUUGUUAAAUAUCAGACCAAAAUGGUGGCUUUUCAAAAGCUCUCAGUUUGAUAUUUAAAGCUGCAGUCAUCAUUUUUUGCCACUUGUGGGCAACAGAAUGAACUCAAAACAUAACAUAUGACAUAUUAUCCUGUUAAGUUGUUUUGGCAAAUAUGACAGCUGAAGAUUUUUGUACAUUAGCAUUAAUUUGGAGCUGUGUCUCUGGCCACCUGAUAAAUAGUCAAGUCCUAUAUUCACUGUCUUUUGGACUGUUCUGCUCUCCAGCAACUGCUGAGGGAGGGACAUACAGUAUUUGCCUCUUUAGCUGCUAAUAUGCUCCACUCUAUUCUGCAAUUUGUUGCUUGCCAGAUAGUGCACAGUGAGUCAGAUUUUUCAUGAAAAAAGACUAGUUAGCUACAAAUGAAAGCAGAGUUGUGGGCUAGAAAACCAAAACAAGCAGCUCAAAGAAGCUAAAAUGCCCCUUAGAACUAAGAAAUGCAGCGAUAAUAUAAAAUGUAUUGAUGAGUGCAGCUUCAGUGUUGACAUUUUAGGUCAAAUUUUUUCUGCCACUAAACGCCGUUGUAGCUGCUGUGCAUUGUAUCUUAUUGAAUACAUAUCAUCUACAUUUGUCCAGCUUUUCACAGCAAUAUAAAAAAAAAGACACCAGACGACGCACAACACCAAUAGGGUGGAUUUUUCCUUCAAAAGUAGUCAAGUAACAAAUAACACAGGAUGCCCUAAACACUUCUGUGUCUGCCAACACAGCCUUGCUGUGGUGUAAAAUGGUAUGUUAAUGGUAUUUCUAGCAGAGGUCCCAGCUGGUGGGACACAGUAGUUGUUAAUGGGACAGAAUGUGUUAUACAGUCUGACUCAUCUUACUGUGUUAGCGUAUAGCAGUGAGGUUGGGGUGGUGUUAAAACUUGUUCCAAUGGAAGAUCAUUAGCUUCCCAGCAUGCAUUUGACCUCAGCUAGUAUGUAAAUGAGCUGCAUUUGAACUGAAUUCAAAGCAGAGUGUGAGCUGAGCAGAUAGCAGCACCAACUAAUACUGUUUGUAGACGACUGUGUCUUGUUUCUUUCACUAUGUUUGAAUUUUGGAGUGCUUGUUUUUUUUUUUUUUGUCAAUGAAGUUAUUUAUUCAUAUUGUUUUUCUUUUCUGUGUAAAUAUAUUUAUUUUUGAUGUGAAGUGAACAUUUGGAUUGUAAAUGUGUGUACAGAAUGUGUGGUAGGAAUGUACUUCAGAUAGGAAUGUAUCUGAGCGUGGAAUUAUGGGUGGAAGCCAUUUUUUAUAUACAUAGGUAGUUCUAUUAUCUUGUUUAUGUUUGUUUGUUGCUUUGUUAUUGAUUUUUUUUUUUUUUUUGUGGGGUGGCGGCCACAACUUUUUACAUCUUUUGUACUCUUUUUGUUCAUCAUUUUCCAGUUGAAGGCAAACAGUUCAUGCAGCAAUACUCAAAACCUGUCUCCAACCUUCAGAUGUCAAGACUCCAAAGCCUGUCAUAGACGCUUCAAUGCCAAAAGUAAUGUACAUAGUAUGAACAACAUUCGAGCUCCUGAGACUUUUUUGAUCAGUGUUUGUUACCGAAUCUGUUUUAGCGCUGUCCGAGCAUGCGGCGGUUCCAGUCGCCGAGAAAGACUGACCGCAGUUGAGGCUGAUUUCCUCUACGAAGGCUGUAUUUUACACAGACCUCAGAGCUGUGCCUUUUUCUAUGCAAUAGAACACAAACACACAGAGAGAGAAACUAUCAGCUGAUCACUGUAUUGGGAUCCAAAUGUGGACUGUAGAUAAUAAAUAUAUAUAUGUACGUAUAUAUGUAUGUAUGUGUAUAUAUAUAUACAUAUACGUAUAUAUAUAGUAUAUGAGAUAAAUGGACAGCUGUCUAUGAAUUUGAAACAGUCUUACUUUUGUAGUUUUAUAUAUAUAUAUAAAUAUAUAUAUACAAUAAACUAUAAAAAGAGCA